ACGUUCUCUCUCGAUUCCAGUCUCCAGAUCAAAUCCCCUUUCCCUAACCUAGCGCUAGCUGAGGCUCCGGCGGCGGCGAGCGUUUCUGGUCCGGCGGCCGGCCUUCUCCUCUCGCCUCUCCCUCAGUUCCUCCCCUCCACUCCGGCCAGCUCCCCUCCCCUCCGUCCGGCCCUCUCCUCCGCAGCUCCGCCAGGCGCCAGGCCGCCAGUUCGCCUCCGGCUUCCCCAGCGCGGCAGCUACCGCCAACGCCCUCCAUCGAUAGUCUGGCCUCGGAUCAGCGCCGUCCAGCAGCAGCAGAUGAAGAAGAAGGAUGUUAGCAUAUUCGAAAUAUGGGACAAAUCUUCAAAGACAAGGAAAAUAACUUCUACAUCCACACCAACUUCUCUUUCCGUUGAGGUUGAGAGAAAUCUGCAGCUAGCACUAGUGCAAAGACAUGACGAAGCUCCGCAACCGGAGAGGGAGACAACCCCAAUUGUAGAAGAUGAUGAAGCGGUCGAUGAAGAAGAUGAAUCAAUGCCCCAAUUUGAAGCAGAUUUGGCAGCUCUGGAACGUGAUCCCGACAAGCGACUUCCCAUAUCUUCGUAUCAUGCCAAUGACCAAGAUAGAGUUAGAAGGAGAUACAUUGACUUGGGUGCUUGUCAACCAAAGGAUCAUAAGUUUGAGAUCAGAGAUUUUAGUGGACAUCCCCGUCGCUUUUGCCUUACUUGGUUUAAGGAUCAUAAGUGGCUUGAGUAUAGUGUGCAAGAAGAGGCUGCUUUCUGCUUUGUUUGCUACUUGUUCAAGGAUAAAACAAAAAGUUCCGGAGGAGAUGCAUUUGUGAACGGUGGGUUUAAUAAUUGGAACUUGAAAGCUAGAUUGAAGAGGCAUAUUCGUGCUGUUAGUAGUGCUCACGCUGAAGCUCAAGAAAAGUAUAAUAUGUUCACUACACCUACAACAUCAAUUAGGGAGUCCAUUGCUUCAAACACCACACAGUACAAGGUUCUAUAUAAGCUCCGUGUGACAUGGACACUCAAGUGUUUAAGAUUCCUAUUGCACCAAGGUUUGGCAUUUAGAGGACAUGAUGAAAGUUAUGACUCACUAAAUAAAGGAAAAUUUCCUUGAGCUUUUAAAUUGGCUAGCAGGAAACUUUGAAGAGGUUGAUAGGGUGGUUCUAAAGAAUGCUCCACAAAAUUGUAAGAUGACUUGCCAUGAUAUAGGG